AUGAAUAAACAAGAGACAACCUCUUCAAUUGUGGUUAAUUCGGAAGAAUGGGAUGCUUUGCAUAACAAAUUAAAGGAUUUAAAAGAACUAAAUAAUGGAUUGAAAAAUGAAUUUCUAGUACUUUCAAAUUCGUUAAAUUUAAGUAAUAACAACAGUAAUAAUUCAAUCAAUAAAAAACAACUGGAUUUCUCUGAACUAGAAAAACGUUUUGAAGUCAUAAACAGUAUCAAUGAACAAUUAAAAAAUGAAUUGUAUACUAAAAAUAAAGAAUACUUCCAAAUAAAACAAGAGUGUGAUGUGAAGAUAGAAGAUUAUAAAUCCAAUUUGAAUGAAUUGAAACAUCGAUUGAGUAAAGAAAUUUUGCAGAAUAAAAAUAAUAAACAAAAAAUAAUUAAUGUAUAUGAACAUUCAAUUAAUGAAUCAUUGGAAAAUGAUAAAAAAUAUGUCAAAGAUUUCGAAAAAUUAGAGACUUUAGAAUCAAAGUUUUUGGAGACUUAUGAUCAGAUGAAUAUAAUGAAAAAUAAAAUAUACUUCAAUACACAACCAGCAACACCAAUUGCUGAAAAUGAACCUAGCGAAGAAAGUUAUGACGUUGAGGUCGAUAACAAUUACAACUCUUGGAGAACGUCGAUCGAAUAUAAUGAAAAAUUAAAUAUCAAAAAGGUGGUAUACAAGCUUCAAGAACGUCUUGAAACUGUCUCAACAAUGAAUAAAGAACUACUUAAGAUCAUUAAAUUAUCAGAGAAUGAAGAAAUGAAUAUUAGUUUACAAAAUUUGAAUUCAAAUAAUAACAACUUAUAUAAUGAUACUCAUUCAAAUAAUGAUUUUGAAUUUGAUAUUAAUAAUAUUGACGAUAUUAAAACAGAAUUAAUUAAAGAAAAAUAUGAGAAAUCUUUAUUAGAAAAAAAAUUCAAUGAUUUUUUAUUCGACAUAGAAAGUAAACUACCGUAUUUACAAAAUAAUUCAGUUGAAAAUGAAACUAAUAAUGGUAAUAAAAUUGAAGAGCAAAAAAUCAUUCAUGAACAUGACUCUUUAAAAUUAGAAAAUCAAUCGCUUAAAAUUAAAUUAAAUGAUUUUGAAUCUACAGUAAAAACAUUAUUACAACAGAGAUCUGAUUUAGGGCAUCAAAUUAAUUAUUUAUUAAUCACUCAGUCAUAUCUUAAUGAAGAUAAUAAUAAAAUAUUAACUGAAAACGAAUUGAAUUUCAUUAGAAAUCUAGUUGCACAGCCAACCAAUACUUGGAGUACUGAAACACAAAAUAUAAUAAGUGAGAGGCUACUUAAAUUUUCUAAUGUUAGUGAUUUGACAGCUAAAAAUAUUAAGUUGAUAAGUUUAGUAAGGGAAUUAACCAAUAAAAUGGAGUCUAUUGAGAAGCAAAAUUCACAAAAGUUUGGUGAUUUAGAAAUGGAUUUCAAAUCCAUCGAUGAAGCCAAACAAAGAAUGAUUGUUCUAAAAGAAGAAAAUGUAAAGAACAAAGAUAUAAUAAAUCAAAUCAUAUCAGAGAAAAAAUUACUUGAAGAUAAAAUACAUGGGUUAAAUUCAACGGUUACUGAACUAAACAAAUCAAUGGAAAUUAAACGAGAGCCAACGUUAAAGAAUUUAGAACUUCAAAAAACUAAUCAAUCUUUGCUGGAAAAAAACAAUCAGUUAUCAAUUGAAAUUAGUAAUGCCUCCAACGAAAAUAAGAUACUUAAGGAAAAGUUUGAUCUAUUAAUUAAAUCUUAUACAGAGUUAAAAGAAUUAAAGUCUGAAAUAUCAACCUAUACUAAAUCUAGUGUAAUAUCAAAAGACGGCAAUGAGACUGCUAAGAUUUCAGAGCUGGUUGAUUUGAAGGCUAAGUGUAAAAACCUAGAGAAAAGUUUCAAAGAUAGAGAAAGUAAGUUUCAAGAAUUGGAAAUUGAAAACAAUAACGUGAAAGAUGAACUGAAAAAAGUUUUAUCUGAAUAUAAUACGUUUAAAUCAACUAGAGGUACUAUCGAUUCUUUCAAUCAAAACAAAAACUCGAUUGGUAUUAAUGAGAAUACAAAUAAGCAACUGCUAAAAGAAGAACUAAAUACUGUCAAAAGUUUAAAUAAAUCCUUAGAAGCUAAGAUAAAACUCCAAGAAAAUGAUAUUAAAAUUUUGAUUGAAAAAUAUAAAUCUCAAAUCAAAUGGUAUCAAGACAAAAUUGACGAAAUGAAUACAACAAUGGAGGUUAAAAUAUCAAAUUUAGCUAGCUCUGCCGAAUCAGCAGCUAUGCUAAAAAAUAAAAAUGAAAUAGAUGAAUUGAAAAAACAAAUAGAGACCAAAUCUAAAGAACUUACAGAAUCAUUGGAUAGAUUUGCUAGGUUAAAAAAACAGGCAAAGGAUAAGUUGAAUGAAUUUAAAGGUACUGAGAAUAAAUUGAGAGAAGAUUAUUGUGACUUAGAAAAAUCUAAAAAUGAAUUGGAACAAAGGCUGUUACUAUUAGAAUCUUCAGAAAAAAGUCUUCAAGAGGAAAUUGUUAAAAUGAAGGAUGAAUUGAUGACAUCAAAUAAUGAACUUGAUAACAACCAACGCUCACAAGAAGAGUUAAGAAAUGAGUACGAAAAACAAAACAAACUAUAUAAAAUUAAAGAAGAGGAACUAGAAUCGGCUUUAAAUCAACUGAUGUUGAAAGAAAAUCAAAAUUCUGCUCUUGAUCUCGAGAGUUUACCUGAUGAUGUAAUGCUGAAGCUAAAAGAAAUGGUUAAAAAAGAUAUCGAAAUCGAGAAUGAUAUAAUUUUGAAGGCAAAACUGAAAGAGAUAGAGAAAAAUUCAGCAAAGGACGUAAACACCGAUUCCAUCGAGUUAUCUGAUGACAAUAUUUCUACGAUGAAAGAAGCAUGGGAAAAGGAAUAUCAGCAUAUACUAAAAAUUAGAAUCGAAGAUGCUGAAAACCAAGCUAUGGCGAGAACUAGGAAAGAGCUAGAGAAGGAAUAUGAGGAGAGGUUGUCGAAAGAAUCUGAGAAAUUAAGUGAUCAGUAUAAUAACAAGUUAAAGGAUGAUCUAUCAGAGGAACUUUUAAAGAUAGAUAAAAAAUAUGCGAUGGAACUAGAAACCAAACUGAAAAACGAAACUGAUGAAAGUAAAAAAGAAUUUCAAGAUGCCCUUGGUACAGAGCAGACAAAAAAUAAAAUUUUAUCGAAAAAAAUUGAGUUUCUUGAAACUCAAAUAAAGGAACUCAAGGAUGAACAAACUAAGCAUCAUUCUAACCCAAUGAAGUCGGACGAGAAAAUACCUUCAACUACCAAUCUAUCAACUAAUUUUGCUUUUGGACAAAACCCAUUUGUCUCUAAUGCGAGUCAAAAUGCUUAUAUGUCUAACGUAUUUUUAUCUGGUUCCCCCUUCUCUAGAAACGCACCAGAAAAAGCGUUCAAACACUCAACACCUGAUAAUACCAAUUCAUCUAUAACUGUCCAACCAACUCUGACAUUCAAUACAGAUUUUUCUAAUGAAAGUAAAGAUUUAAAACGUUCGGCAGAAUCUGCAGCAGAAGAUGAUGAGGUUGAAGAAGGUGAUAACAAAAUUGCCAAGAUACAAAGAGACGAUUAA